UUGUAUUGUAUAACAUCAUGUAUGCACGUUAGUGACCUUGUUCCUCUAAAAGAAUUGCACGAAUUGCAUAAAUUGGCUUUAUGUUUUUGUUCGAGGCAUAAAACUGUACGAUUAAUAUCUGACUUCUUUGAUAAAUAAAUGUUAUUGACUCUACGUCACGGUGCGUUUAUUUGUAAACUCAAAGUCUAUAAAAUCAAGUAUUACAAUGGCAACCCCUGUAUCUGCAACGUGCUAAUAACGCAGUAUGCUUUGAAAGUUACCCAUAAUGAGACGACUUAUCGUAAUCGCGUGCUUGAUCGCUCUGGCAAACUGCAAUUGUGGAUGUCUAAAGUGCAACCCCCACUUAAAGCUGGUCUCUAAAGACGAUUCACCGAUAGAAGUUAUAAUCAGAGGGGAUAAAAAUGUCCCUCAUCCCCCACAACAACACACCUGUCCCAUGAUGAGGCAAUAUUACCAAAGUUUAGGAUAUCCUUCGCUUGGCAAUGCGUUACCAGAAGGUCACAAUAUAGAAGUUCAAGUGCCAAUAGACCUGACACCAUAUCAACCCAAUUAUCAAGGUUUGGUAGCUUCGCCAGAUCGAGUUAUAUUACCUGAAAAGCAAUGUGUAAAAAGGAAACCUGUAGCGGUUCUACCGGAAUGCAAAUCCAACAAUCACGAAGUCAUUGAAGAUUUACGAAACAGUAGGAUGCUGAGGUACGAUUAUUAUAUUGUCCCUAAAGAAAACACCCUGUACACUGAUAACAACGGCAACAAACUGUUACAAAGAAUUCGCAAUUUGAAACCGGACGUGACAAUUCGUGUUCCAAAAGGAAUCAGAGAUAACGGUUGGAAUAAGAAUGAGAAAUCCCUACAAAAUAUUCCAUUAUGCUCUUGCAGAAAUUCAAACCCAAAUUCAGCGAACGUUAUUAAAAAACAACCUAUGUACUACUACAACCCCGUAAGAAAGGCACCGAUAUCACAAUUGCCGCCGUGUAGCCAGAGUCCUAUUUUCAACAAUGGCUUUAUGAGAAGUAGUCCCGUCGUUCAAGAAGAAGAACCAGAAAGUGCUUUGAGGAAUGGAAAUAGUAACUGUUGUUGUCAAAAAAAGUUGACAAACAGAGAAAGUGACUAUUCCUGGUUAAAUAAUCUAAAUGCCAAUGAUCCAAAGAAACGUAUCUUCAAUUCGAUCGAUAUGAUACUUCAAUAUAUGACAAAAUGGGUUGAAAUUAAAGGCGAUCCGCCCACGCAGAAACAGAGUCAGAUGACAUUCAUGAUAAAAGAAUCUGAAAUCAACGAGAAAUACAAAAUGUCGUUCCUUUGGAACGACUACUUACAUGAAGAACCAUUGAAAGAUAUGCAAAGCCUGAUUCCACUAGAAAAGAAACCGAUUCAGCAUCAGUCUCCACCCAAACUGGAAUUCAAUGAAAACCUUUUCUGGAAGAGCAAGGAAUCGGAAGAAAUAGAUGCUCUUAAUACUAAUAUUGUUGUUUCUGAAUCAUGCGAGUCAUCACCCAAUUUCAAUGUUGAGAUAUCCGAAGUUGUAUCGGAGAUCGAAAAUGAUCUUUCUGAUUCCAACGAAAAAGAAGAUUCUGUAGAGGAUUUAUUUGAUUUGGAUUCUAGUAACGGGAGAUAUCCUCGAGAUACUCUUCGGAUUCAGAAUCGCAUGAAAACACUCCUCCUUCCACAUUACGAGAAAACAGAAUUUCCGUGGCAAUUGGAAUACCAGAAGCUUCUCAAAAAACCCGGCUACCAACAUCCAAUGGUUCGUCCUAAACCAUCGACAAAUACCACCAAUGCAGUACCAAAACUCACACCUCUUACCAAUAAUGGAUCACUAAUUCUCAAUGAUUUUCAAUUUAAAAUGAACGAACUACGUAAACGGAUAGAAUCGAACCAAAAAUCGACCAAUCAAACCCAAACGACGUUAUCGAAAGUAUUGGGUGUAAAAGUGAACGUUACAGGAAGUAACACAAGUAAUACUGUAGAUAUUAAGGAAAAAGUUGCAAAAAUGAGGGAGAAUUUGAAACAGAAACUGGAAUCAAGGAAAAAUUACACGUAUCCUGAAGGAACUGAAUUGGUCACCACUGAUUCUCAAAAAACAAACGAAAGGAAAAAGAGAGAGACAUACUUUGAUACAGACAUACCAUUUUUUAAGAUAACAGACGCAAAAUCGUUGACUAAAAACACAGUUGACAGUGAGGAAUCUGAAGAAAUCGAAUACAUUUUGCAACAAAAGAAAGAAGCUCGGUUGGAACAAUCCUUGAUGAAACCAUUCAACGCUGAACACAUUGUACCGCACGACCCCAUCUUCUACCUACUCAAUUUUCCCAUUAGGUGUCUAGAUCACCUCAACAGUUUGAAGGAUCAGUUGUCUCCAAUACUUCACGCGUUCCCACUUAUGCUACAAAAGUCUCGUAAAUAUUUCAAGGACAUGUCGAAAGACGCCAAAAAGGACGUUCUGGACUUUGGAAGUAAUGUAGUGGGAAGCUUCACUCGUCUAUCUCCUUCAAAAAAUCCCUGGGACGUUGUUACUCCGUCUAAAAGGAGAAACAAGCGAGAAAUAGAUAAAGAAGAUCGGAACUUAUCGGUCACAUUUGUGGGUCGUGUUGAUCCGACCGCAUAUUCGAGUACUUCAGAAUUGUAUGACAUGAUGUUAAAUAAAACCCGAGAAGACGAUCCUCAGAUUGGUUCUGUAAAUAGUAAGGAACGUCGGGAAGACGUAAAGGCUUUAGAGCAACUGUUGGGCAAAGUUUUGUGGGCUGCCGGUAGGGAUAAAACUCAACAGAAAGUUGUCGAAAAAGACAAAAAUAUAGACACUAAUACAGUGAUGGAAAGCAAAAGUGGACCAUCGUAUGAACCGUUGUAUCAACUGGCAUACGAAAGUUAUGAUCCUUACGAGGAAGAUUCUGAAACUGACAACGUUUCUAAUAACGAAAACGAACACCAAACAAUUUUGAAAAGUGACGUUGUACUAAAAGAACCCCUUGUUCAACACUCUAGGCGAAAAAGGGCGAUUUUUAAGCUUGUGGACGAAGAUGAGAUCGGCGAGUAUUUGAAGGAGAAGUUUUCAUCCUUAGAAGACGUUCCAGAAUUUUCAGACGAGUAUCAUCUGCAACGACCUGAACCAACAGUACUACGGUCCACAAAAUAUGCAAACAAAGAAACCGAUUCCUCAAAGAACAAAAUUGUUCUCGAAAGGAUUGUUCCCAAAAUUAUAAUAGACGAUAAUGGGAGACCCUUUGCUGAAAUCGACGGAAUGAAACGGCCUCUUUUCAACACACUGAAGAAACCAUUAAAAUCUAGCUCGAAAUCGCCAAUAGUCGGAAGCAACCAUCAAAAUGCUCAUACCAAAGACGGUAGCCUGUCGUCCGUUAUAGCGAAAGCUAAGAGAUAUACUAAAGACGGUGAAAAUUUCUUGCCAGGAUAUUCUCAUGAUACAAAUGUACACACGAAAACUAUAAAGAAUCGAUUAAGUCAAAUUUUGGACUAUAUCGAGACCCUUCUUCACUGGGACUUCGAAGACGACGUGCACAUUUACGAAGAUCUAUUGGAACUCCAAAACAGAAAAGAGGCUGUUAUAAGAAAUUGGAAGAUGCUUCUCGUUCAAAAUAGACACAACAUUGUAAAUGAGAAAAUCGUUCUUUUGAAAACUCUGAAGAAGAUUCAAGAACUGAAAGACAGCUCCAUGGCUCACAUAGUCGAUAAACUGCACGAAGGUCAUUCAUUUAAUACCAGAACGUUUAUAAAGUUCCUUAUCAUGCUCCAGAAGCUUCAUUGCCUGAUCGUGAAGGUUGCCGAAGAAUUUUCUGACAGCCUCCACAUUGGCAAAUUUGAUGUAGAUAAGGAAAUUGAAUUUGUCGAUUAUUUGCAAAACAUCGAAUUCUUCGAUUGUGAAAAUCAAGAAGAAAUCCGUGAGGUACUGGAGAAAGAAAGGGAUAGUGAACUGGAAAGAGAAAUAGCCAUGCUGGAAGACCUCAAGCAGUGUUUAGCCUUAGCCCAAAAUGACAAAAAAUACGACCAUUUAAUAUUUGAGGAGGCUAAACUCCUUUGGGAAUUCAAAAACAUUGAAAAACUACAACAGGAGUCCUUAGCGGAAAUGAAUAAAAAAUUAAAAGCUGGAUUAAAGAUUAGGAAAGAGCUUAAGAUAUUAUUUGAUUUGCAAAAACAGUACGACAGUUGUGAAGAAAAACAUGCCAUUUUAAUAGACGAAAUAUUAAGGGAUGGCGGAAAGAAAUCAAAAACAAUCCGUCUACAGGACGAGAAGUUGGAGGAACUCAACUUGCUGGGGUCGAAAAAGCAAAAAAUGAAUAAAAUCAAAAAACAUCAAACCACACUUAAACCAAAACAUAACAGUUUAUCACUGCUAAGUAACAAUAAUCGCAGUCCUCAUAGAAAAACGUUCCCCAGCGAAUUUAUUUUUGAUAAUUACAGAUAUAUAAGAGAAAAAAAUUAGAUUUUUAUUAAACGAUUUAGAUGCUGUUCUUGUUUGUUACUCGUUUGUUACAUAAAACAAAAUAAAAACAAAUUUAUAUCAAGUUACACUGAGCUCUGAACGUCUUGCAAACUAAUUUUUGUUUGUUUUAGGUCUUAAUAGGGUAAAUCGGGGUCAAACUUACAUAACAGAGCGAAAACUUGACAUAAAUUUACCUUAAUGUUAACCAGAAAUAUG